AUGAGCAGCGUGAGCAACAGCAGCACGGUCUCAGAGGAGGAAUGGUCUGCUGCAGGGGUUGCCACGGCGUGUGUAAUCCUGGCUGUGUGUUUUUUGGUGGGGGCUCCAGGAAACAUGCUGGUUGUUUGGACCAUAGUGAGACAUUUGAAGCAGCGUUCUCACAUCGUUCUGCUCAUCCUGCACCUGGCCGUUGCUGACCUGCUGGUUCUUAUCACCUUGCCUCUGUGGAUCUACUCGCUGGCUUGGUCCUGGGUGUUUGGCGAAGCUGCUUGCAAAGUCAUGGUGUACAUCAUCUACUCCUGCAUGUACUCCAGUGUCUUCCUGAUAACCAUUAUGAGUGUCGAGCGCUUUCUGGCCAUAAGGUACCCCUUCAAGAUGCUGCACUGGAAAAACAACAAUGCCAUGAAGCUGGUACUGGUAGGGGUGUGGUGCCUGGCACUCCUGCUAGGAAUCCCUGUCAUUUUGACCCAGACAAUCAAUGAAAGAAUGGACGGUAUGUACGACUGCUUCUAUUCAGACUUUGGUUCAGUGCCUCUGGAAGUUUUUUGUGCCUGUUUAGAGACCCUGGUUGGCUUCAUCAUUCCAUUUCUCACACUGACUAUAUGCUACUUCCUGGUGGCAUCUAGGCUUCGCCAGAUGCACAGAACAAACCAGAAAUCUGGAUUUCUUAUUAGUGGGGUGAUGGUGGCUUUCGCUCUGUGCUGGGUGCCCCACCACAUUUUUAACAUCAUUACAGUAGCACGGCUGCUCAUGGAUGAUUCGGACAAGCUACCCAUGUUGUCUGAAGCAUCUGUGUUUAUCAGUGGAGCUCUGACUUUCAUCAGCAGCUCAGUGAACCCAAUUCUGUAUGCCUUCGCUGCUAGAAACAUUCAAGGUGGUCUGAGGAAAUCAGCGAUGGUCAAACUCUUUCAGGAAGUUACUUUACACACCCAGCUGAGAGGGACAACGCCUCAAGUGUCUGACUGCUCAAAUAAGGACCAACUCGAACAGAUUUCUGAAAAUGUUUGA